AUGGCUUCCACCGUCAACCGCCGUACCGCGCGCGCGGUCUCGGCGUUGCUGCGGCAGACAGUCGCGAGAUCGGCCCUGGCAGCAACCUCGCCUGCUGCUGCUAUUGUGACUACAGCUGCCCGUCGCUCCGUGUCUGUGGUCUCUCAGCCACAGACUCUUGCUGGCAGAGGCUUUUCUAAGGCCGCGCCAUCCUCCCAGUCACUGUCCCUGCUUGUCCGCCGCGCCUACUCGUCGUCGACAUCCGCUGACCACAAGAUUUGGUCGUUUGAGGAGGUUCAAGAACUUGUCAAGAAGUCCGACUCGCCUAUUGUCAUCGUUGAUACCCGUGAGCCAGGCGAGCUUAAGGAAACGGGCCGCAUUCCCGGCGCUAUCAAUAUUCCUGUCACGACGUCGCCUGAUGGCUUCUUCCUACCCGACGAGGAGUUUGAGGACCGCUUCGGCUUUGUGCGCCCGAGUCGCGACACCGAGGUUAUUUUUUACUGCAAGGCCGGUGUGCGCAGCCGAGCGGCGGCCGGUCUGGCCAAAGAGGCUGGCUGGACAAAGGUCGGCGAGUACCCGGGCAGCUGGAACGACUGGGCGGGGAAGGGCGGCACCGUACAGCGUUAA